AAUUAUACUGCGUUUAUAUACUGCGUUUAAUUAUACUGCGUUUAAUUAUACUGCGUUUAUAUACUGCUUUUAAUUAUACUGCUUUUAUAUACUGCGUUUAUGUACUGCGUUUAAUUAUGCAUACAUAUGUGUAUGUGUGUAUAUGAUUAUAUAACCCCCACCACCACCAGGUGAUCCCCUUUGCUGGGACGAUCCUGGGGGGUCUGCUGCCGGGAGAAAUGGUUCUGAUUCAGGGCUCGGUGCUGCGUGAUGCCGACAGGUUCCAGGUGGACCUCACCUGCGGCAGCAGCAUGGAGCCGAGGGCCGACGUGGCGUUCCACUUCAACCCGAGGUUCAGGACCCCGUGUGUGGUCUGCAACGCGCUGCAGGGGGGGCGCUGGGGCCGGGAGGAGGUCCUGGACCUGAACCCCUUCAGGGCCGGGGACCCCUUCGAGCUCAUCGUCCUCGUCCUGAAGGACACGUUCAAGGUGGCGCUGAACGGAGCUCACCUGGUGGACUUCCAGCAGCGAGUGGACCUCCAGCGAGUGGACACGCUCUGCAUCUCCGGAGGAGUCCUCAUCCAGGCUGCAGGAAUCCUGCCGAGCUUCAGGGACGUUUCUCCUGUGGCCAGUCUGACCAAUCAGGAACCACCAGAGAUGAACCAGGAAGUCCCUCAGACGAUGAUCAUCUCGUCUCCGGCUGACUUUAGAGUUCCCUUCAGAGGAGAGCUGGCUGGAGGACUGAGUGUUGGACGCAGCAUCAGCAUCACAGGAGAGACCCAGCAGCACGCCCACAGGUACCUGUCUGUCUGCGGACCUGUCUUGGAGAAAUAA